GAAGUGGCGGCGCCGUGGUGGUCGGGCUAGGCUUCCGCGACCGUCUUGGAGUCCCGUCGGCCGCGAUCGGCGGCGCUAUGAGUUCCUUCGAGGGACAGAUGGCCGAGUAUCCAACCGUUUCCAUAGACCGCUUCGACAGGGAGAACCUGAAGGCCCGCGCCUACUUCCUAUCCCACUGCCACAAGGAUCACAUGAAAGGGCUAAGAGCCCCCACUUUGAAAAGAAGAUUGGAGUGCAGCUUGAAGGUUUACCUGUACUGUUCUCCUGUUACUAAGGAGCUGUUGUUAACCAAUCCGAAAUACAGAUUUUGGGAGAAACGAAUUAUAUCAAUUGAAGUCGAAACUCCUACCCAGAUAUCUUUAAUUGAUGAAGCAUCGGGUGAGAAGGAAGAGAUUGUUGUGACUCUCUUACCAGCUGGUCACUGCCCAGGAUCAGUUAUGUUUUUAUUUCAGGGCGAUAAUGGAACUGUCUUGUACACAGGGGACUUCAGACUGGCGAAAGGAGAAGCUGCCAGAAUGGAGCUUCUGCACUCUGGGGGCAGAGUAAAAGACAUCCAAAGUGUAUAUUUAGAUACUACUUUCUGUGAUCCAAGAUUUUAUGAAAUUCCAAGUCGGGGGGAGUGUUUAAAUGGAAUUCUAGAGCUGGUUCGAAGCUGGAUCACUCGGAGCCGGUACCAUGUGGUGUGGCUGAACUGCAAAGCAGCUUAUGGCUAUGAAUACUUAUUCACCAACCUCAGCGAGGAGCUCGGAGUCCAGGUUCAUGUGGAUAAACUGGAUAUGUUUAGAAACAUGCCUGACAUUCUUCAUCAUCUUACAACAGACCGUAGCACUCCCAUCCACGCAUGCCGGCACCCAAAGGCAGAGGAAUAUUUUCAGUGGAACAAAUUACCCUGUGGAAUUACUUCCAAAAAUAGAAUUCCACUCCAAACAAUUAGUAUUAAGCCAUCUACCAUGUGGUUUGGAGAAAGAACCAGAAAAACAAAUGUCAUUGUGAGGACUGGAGAGUGUUCAUACAGAGCUUGUUUUUCUUUUCAUUCCUCCUUCAGUGAGAUUAAAGAUUUCUUGAGCUACAUCUGUCCUGUGAAUGCAUAUCCGAAUGUCAUUCCAGUAGGCACAACUAUGGAUAAAGUUAUAGAAAUCUUAAAGCCUUUAUGCCGAUCUUCCCAAAGUACUGAGCCAAAGUAUAAACCACUUGGAAAACUGAAGAGAGCUAGAAUAGUCCACCUAGACUCAGGUAAGAAUGGUCCUGGGUUCAGAAGUGUGGGCUUUCCGCAGAGACCGCUUUUCAGGAUGCUCUGGUCUGGUGAAAGUGGCCUUGGGCAGAGUGACCCUGGGACCCACUGUAGCUCAGACUUGUUGCAUGGUUUCAGGAAGAGCUUUGCUUUCCUGUCUUCAGCAUAUGAAAUUGGGAGUCUGAUCUACUUUGAAGGUUGA